AUGAGGUAUUCAAAGAAGAAGUCACCAUUGUUGUUUGAUCCGGAAAUUGAGAAAACAGCUAGGAGAAACCGAAUACUUCACCGUGCAACUAUGAGUGACCCCGGUAAUUCACAAAGAAACAUUCCACCAAAGACCCAACCCGCCGGAAUUCAACAUGAACCCAACUUUGAACCAAACUAUCAACAUCAAGACCAAUAUCAACAACCACCCCGAUCCAAGAGGAGUGGUUUUACAACUCCUCACCGAUUUGGAACACCAACCUAUGUUGGAGAUAGAUCACGGUAUACGGAGGAUGUGUAUGAUCGAGUUGCUAAUUGGGAUGAUAGGAGGUUUGAUGACCAUUCGGAUGGGUAUGAAUGGAAUGAUGGGGAGGAUUAUGUUCAACCACCAAACCGCCAAUACCCGCAAUUUAACCAACCUCCAAUUAACCAAAGAUUUCCUCAAGGACCACCAAACCACAACCGUCAUGGAAACCACCCAAUUUACCCACCACGUAAUCGAGCUGCUCCAAACAUGAACUAUCAACCUCCACCACAAGGAGUUGAUAGUCAUUUUCGACCCACCAUCGCCGUUAAUGCUUCACCUAUAGUACCACCGGUGUUGAGGGGUAGAGCGUUUGAGGUAAGACCUCAAUGUUUGAGUAUAUUACCGAGUUUCUAUGGAAAAGCAACGGAGGAGCCUUAUUUGCAUUUGUCAGAGUUUGAGGCUAUUUGUGGUACCAUUGGAGGUCAAGGAUUCUCACCGGAUGAGAUUAAACUAGUUUUGUUUCAGUUCACUUUGAAGGAUAAAGCGAAGCAAUGGUUCUUAGCUUUGCCAUCGGGUAGUAUCUUUACAUGGGCUGAAAUGCAACAACAAUUCUUGGAUGAGUAUUAUACAAUGCAAAAGACUAGUGAUGCAAGAACCUCCAUUAGAACCUUUCAACAACAAUCGGGUGAAACAUUUCAUGAGUCAUUUAAGAGGUUUAAUGAGUUGUUGAGAACUUGUCCACACCAUGGGAUUGCUAAAUGGGAGUUGAUCACGGCUUUCUAUGAUGGUUUGUUACCGGAAGAGAAAAGAGAUGUGAAUUCUAUUAGCAAUGGUACUUUCUUGACAAAUCCCGAAGAUGUUGAUUGGGAAUUCUUGGAGAAGAUGAGUGUGAAUUCAAAGAGACAAGCUCAAUCAAAUAGGAGGGCAAGGCAUCCAAUUGCUUCAUUAUCAUCAACAAGUGAUCAAGCAACAAAAGAUCGAAUUGAGGCAUUGGAGCGAAAGUUUGCCAAGUUGGGGAAAGCUGAAAAUAGGGGUGUUGCUCAAGUUUCUCAAGAAUACCCGAUUUGUGAGAGUUGUGAUGAGCUUGGGCAUACGGCUUUGCAAUGUCCAUUACUCCCGGAAGAAGUUGAAGAGGUGAAUCAAGUGUUUGGAGAAAAGAGGCCAUUUGACAUGAACUCCAACAUUUAUCAUCCGGGAAUGAGAAACCAUCCCAAUCUUAGAUAUGGGAAUUCAUCAAACCAACUCAACCCGAACUUUCAAGGAAACAACCAAACCAGUGGAGCACCAUCUCAACCGUUCCAAAACCGAAAUUACAACCAAGGAAAUUAUCAAGGUGGCCAAAAUCAAGGGUUCAAUAGAGGCUAUCCAAGGAACUAUCAACAAGGUAAUAACCAAGGUGGGAAUUCGGGAGGUAAUGAGGUAUCAACCGGGGAGAUUAUGGAGUACUUGAAGGAAAUGGAUCGAAAGAAUGAGAUUCGGGACAAAACGGUUGAAAGUUUGCAAAAGCAAGUUGGUCAAUUGGCGGAAGAUGUGGCUGCGUUGAGAAAGGAUCCGGGGAAGCUACCAAGUGACACAAAGAUCAAUCCACAACACCAAAGUAGCGGCUCAAAGAAUAUCAAGAAUGUGGAGAUAAAUAAUGUAAGUACUCUUCGUAGUGGUAGGAUUUAUGAUAAUAAAGUUGAACCUUCAUCAUCACUGGUAGAUGGUGUGGUGGAGGAAGUUGAUGAUGACCAAGAUAGUGAGCAUGAACCGGAAUUUGUUUUGCCUAAACCAAGUAAAAAAGUGUCUUUUAAAGAGGUAAAAAACAAUAGGUCUAGUGAAAAAUUUUCUGAAAAACAAGGUAAGGAUAUGGAGGGUAAUACCAUUCCUUUCCCUUUGGCUUUGAUUGAUCCAAAACUUAGGCCUACACUUAAGAAAAGAGGUCCCCAUGAGGAAGAAAUGUGGGAAAUUUUUAAACAAGUGAAAAUCAAUAUACCUCUUAUUGACAUAAUCAAACAAGUUCCGGCUUAUGCUAAAUACCUCAAGGACUUGUGUACCCAAAAACGGCAGCAUAAGCUUCCAAAGAAAAUUAUAAUCACCGAUUCUGAAGCAAAACCUUCACGUGAUGCUCAAAGAAGGUUGAAUCCUCAUAUGCGUGAAGUUGUGAAGAAGGAGGUGCUAAAAUGGUUGGAUGCUGGAAUUGUUUACCCAAUUUCGGAUAGUACAUGGGUGAGUCCAACACAAACGGUACCUAAGAAAGCCGGAAUUCAAGUGGUGAAAGGAGAUAGUGGUGAGCAAAUUGCUACCCGACCCAUCACCGGGUGGAGGGUGUGCAUUGAUUACAGGAAAUUGAAUACCGCUACUUCAAAAGAUCAUUUCCCAUUACCAUUCAUUGAUCAAAUCAUCGAAAAACUUGCAGGUCAGAAGUUUUAUUGUUUUCUAGAUGGUUAUUCAGGUUAUAAUCAAAUUGCUAUCCAUCCCGAUGACCAACACAAGACCACAUUCACAUGCCCCUAUGGGACUUUUGCCUUUAGGCGAAUGCCAUUCGGUUUGUGUAAUGCUCCAGCCACCUUUCAAAGGUGUAUGAUGAGUAUCUUUUCAGAUAUGGUCGGUGAAUCACUAGAAAUCUUUAUGGAUGAUUUUUCAAUUUUUGGUCAAACCUUUGAUAAUUGUCUUGAUGAGCUUACCAAAGUUUUGAAAAGAUGUGUUGAGACAAAUUUGGUUUUAAGUUGGGAAAAGAGCCACUUCAUGGUUCAAGAGGGGACGGUUUUGGGUCAUGUAAUUUCAAAUAAAGGCAUGGAAGUUGACCGGGCCAAAAUCAAAGUGAUUUCUACUUUACCCCCUCCAACCAAUGUUAAGGGUGUCCGUUCUUUUCUUGGACACGCCGGGUUUUAUAGAAGGUUCAUCAAAGGAUUUAGUGUCAUAACAAAACCUUUGUGUAAUUUGUUACUAAAAGAUGUACCUUUUGUUUUUGAUGAAGAGUGUUUAAAAGCUUUCGAAACCUUGAAAGAGAAAUUGGUUGAAGCCCCCAUUUUGCAAUCACCAAAUUGGUCCAUGCCAUUUGAAAUUAUGUGUGAUGCAAGUGAUUUUGCAAUCGGGGCUGUUUUGGGGCAACGGGUAGACAAGAAACCCGUUGUGAUUUAUUAUGCAAGCAAAACUUUAUCGGAUGCCCAAUUGAAUUAUACAACCACCGAAAAAGAAUUGCUUGCUGUUGUUUAUGCACUUGACAAGUUUCGUUCUUACAUUUGUGGUAGCAAAGUGAUAGUGUACACAGAUCAUAGCGCGGUGAAGCAUUUGAUGGAGAAAAAGGAUGCAAAACCAAGGCUAAUUCGGUGGGUGUUGCUACUACAAGAGUUUGAUUUGGAGAUUCGAGACAAGAAAGGAAGUGAGAACGUGGUAGCGGACCACUUGUCAAGGAUUCAAUCAAUGGAUGAUGGAUCAACCAAGGAGAUCAAUGAAACGUUUCCGGAUGAACAUUUACUAACCAUUUCUAUUGUUCCUUGGUAUGCAAAUUUUGUGAAUUUCUUGUCUGCAGGUAAGAUACCGGAACAUUGGCCUAAGAGAAAGAAACAACAAUUCUUGGCACAAGCAAAGCAAUACAUUUGGGAUGAGCCGGAUUUGUUUAAAGUGGGCCCGGAUCAAUUGGUGAGAAGAUGUGUUCCGGAAGAAGAAACGAGUGGUCAAGUUGAGGUUUCCAAUAGGCAAAUUAAAGAAAUUUUGCAAAAGACGGUUAGGCCCGAUAGAAAGGAUUGGUCAACAAAAUUGAAUGAUGCUUUAUGGGCUUAUCGAACCGCUUUUAAAACACCUAUUGGCACUACACCAUAUCGGUUGGUUUAUGGGAAGGGUUGUCAUCUUCCACUUGAGCUUGCACAUAGGGCUUUUUGGGCCGUUAAGGCCGUUAACAUGGAUUUUGAGAGUGCAGGUAAGGAAAGAAAGUUGCAAUUGUGCGAAUUGGAAGAACUGAGAAAUGAAGCAUAUGAAUGCGCAUCAACAUACAAAGACAAGAUGAAAGCGGUUCAUGAUGCCAAAUUAAAGAAAAAGGUGUUCGAAGUUGGCCAAAAGGUGUGGCUUUACAAUUCAAGGCUCAAAUUCUUUCCGGGAAAACUCAAGAGCAAGUGGAUGGGUCCAUAUGUUAUUACAAGAGUCGGAAAGUUUGGUGAAAUUGAAAUUGAGGAUCCAAAGGAUGGAGUGAAGCAAAUAGUCAAUGGGCACCGUUUGAAGCCUUAUUUGGAUGCAAGUGACAUUAAUGGCUCUACAAAGGAAAUGGUGAACUUCAUCUCAAGUCCACCAUCUUAUGAUCUUGCAUGA